UACGUUUAUAAUCUAAUUCAUAAAUUUUAAAGCUUUUUAACAUCAUUAAAUAUACAUACUGAGUGACUGAUAACAUCUUUGUUAUGGAAUACACUUGUUGGUUUCGCAGUGAGUUCACAGUUUUAAUGGUCAUUUUUGAUUUAAUUUAUUUUUCAAGAUCUGAGGUAAACUAUCUGUUGUUGCUUUCAGUAUGGCUAUAGGGUCACGCAAUAUGAUAUUUAAACUCAUAUUAGACACGUUUAACUUUGAAUAAAGCAUAUAAUCACCUGAGAUUAUCUACUGUCAUAUAGUUUGUAUGUUGUUGUUCCAGCCGCGACGUCGCGGAAAUAGAAACCGUUAGAAUUAGCUAGAAUUAGAAUUAGAAUUUUCGCGUGUCGCCGUCGCGGCUAGUUAGGACAAAAACUCUGAUUAACAUGGAAAAGAUACCUUUUAUCGCGUGUCGCGUCGCGUGUAGUUAGGACAUUAGGUUAAAUUCAAAUCUGACUCCCAUUUUAUUAUCUAAUCUGACUCCAUUAUGACUUCGAAUUUAGAUUGAAAUGCUAAUUGGUUGUUUGUUCAUUUCUAAUUAUUAUUAUUAUUAUUAUUCUCACAUCAGAUUAUUGAAUCUCAUUAAUCUUAUUCCAAUAACACUUGAGUCUCGUACCGACCAGUAUACAGAUCUUAUAUUCACAAACUCGUCAGUCUUGGUCAUUAGACAGAGGCGAUUGACUAAUACUCUAGACGGCCCGUGCCAUACUUUGCUCAUUCCAGAAUACUUUUUAUAAGUCCCCGUAGAUCCGAACACACUUAAUUAAAGUAAGACUAUAUCUAACCAGAGGUCAUGACCAUUACUAUAGAACCAAGUUGACCAACUUAACUUCCUCUAAUGUAACUUUAUAUAAUCAUGCCGUGAUUUCUCGCGUACACUUAGUUAGAAUAAUAUUACAAUAACCAGAGGUUGAGGCUGACCCGAAUUUAGGUUGGUCAACAACACACUUUUGCUCUAAACGGAAAAACCCAAUCGCCUCACCAGUCUAAGUAUACAUAACUAAUGCCAAUGUGUUAGCCAGAGCUCUAAAACACAAGUUUUAGAGUAAACUAACCUUUUAACUAGUCUGUUAAAAGGUUUUGUCUGUAACUAACCUGAACGCAGAUUUGUGGUGUUAUAGACUUAACAUAAUUAAUUAGAGUCAAUAAUCUCAGAAUAAAAUCAAAUGUCACAAUUUAUUAUCAGUCAGGUAAAUGUGUAAUAUUCCAAUUAUAUAGCCAAUUCAAAGAUAUCAAAUCAAUACAAAACAUCAGGAUCUCAAAGAUGAAUCUAAGAGUUAAGAUGCAUACCCGACUUGAGAAAAAUACAUAGUAUGAAGUGUGCGAACACAGUUCAUCCUAUGGGCUCAUUCCAGCUACAGAUACCCUGAUCUUCUUGCAAGAUUUCCUUAAGUACUCUGACCAAGACCAACAUCCCCCGAAAUGGAGACAGGAACUAACAAUUGGAAUUCGCAUUGAUCAAGUAGAGUUAUCACCUUUUGGGACAGAAGAACAUUAUAUUCUACUAUUGACCAUUCUGUGUGAGCUGAGCGAAGGGAAGGAUGGGUGCAUAUGUGAGAGAGGCAUUUUCCCGCAUUGUCUCUCAGUGGGAUGUGGAAACAGAUGUCUCUUCGGCUGUUGGGAAGAGAGAUAUAAUUUUCCUCAUUGACAGUAGCAUGGGUACCAUCAUAAUCAAUGCAGUGCGAGAAUUCAUCCGAAGGUUUACUGACACCAUGCCAAUUGGACCUGAUCAGGUGCAGGUCGGAGUGGCCAUGUUUUCCACCACCCCAAGGAUGGAGAUCAACCUCAACUCAUUUAGUUCAAAGAAAACCCUAAACUCUGCGCUCGCAAGAAUAAAACCCAAAUCUUCGGUUGAAGUCAACAUCGGUGCUGCCUUAAAUUUUGUGAGGACCAACAUGCUCACAGCUGAGAGCGGGAGCCGCAUGCAAGAUCAAGUGCCACAGCUCGUGUUGCUCCUGACCAGUAAAAAAUCCAAAGACAGUGUCCAACAGCCGGCUGAGGCCCUUCGUCAAAUGGGUGUUCUGACUUUGGCUGCAGGCUCCAGGGCUGCUGAUGAGGCUGAGCUCAUGCAAAUAGCUUUUAAUGAAUAUCUAGUUUUCAUGCUGAAGGACUUCAGGAUGUUGCUGCGCAACCCACGUGAAAUCAUCUCCCCUCUCUCUACAUUGUCUGGCGUUGUUGUGACAGAGAGUCCAACUGAACCAGCAAUGGACAAAGUCAUUCCUCUUGUACAAAACACAAUUCCUCCGCUUACAUCCAAGAAACACAAGGGUCAGGAGGGACAUAUUGGAAUCAUUGGAGGAUGUCAAGAGUACACAGGAGCACCUUUCUUUGCAGCUAUUUCAACUUUGAAAGUAGGAGCCGAUCAGUCUCAUGUGUUCUGCACCAAAGAUGCGGCUCCGGUCAUCAAGUCCUACAGUCCUGAUCUUAUCGUCCAUCCAGUGCUAGACAGUCCCAAUGCUGUGGAGGAGAUUGAGAAAUGGCUGCCCAGCCUUCACAGUCUGGUUGUGGGACCAGGUCUGGGGAGGGACGAUGUGACUCUGAAGAAUGCCAAGGAGAUUAUUAAGAGGUCAAAACUCAGAGAAAUGCCAAUCAUCAUUGAUGGUGACGGACUUUGGUUAGUGGAAAAUGAACCAUCAGUCAUUCAAGGAUAUCAGAGAGGCAUCCUCACACCCAACUUUAAGGAGUUUACUCGUCUAUAUGAAGCCACGCAUCAUGAACCUCCGGACAGCACUGACUACAAGAGAAGUGCUCAGCAACUGAGCAUCGCCUUGGGCCAUCUUACCUUGGUUUUAAAGGGGGAGGAGGACAUUAUUACUGAUGGAAAGAACAUGCUGACCUGUAAUCAGGAGAGCAGUGGGCGGCGUUGCGGAGGACAGGGAGAUCUGCUGUCCGGUUCUUUAGGAGUCUUUGCACAUUGGGCAUUCAGCUCACCUCCAGAUGCAACUAAAGGCAUGAAUCCCUCGCUGGUGGCUGCAUUUGGUGCUACAUCUCUGACGAGGCAAUGUAAUCACCAGGCCUUCCACAAACAUGGCAGAUCUACCAUCACCUCUGACAUGAUCCAAGAGAUAGGCAGCGCUUUCAAGACACUGUUUGAAAGCUAAACUACAUGUGUGUAUCUAUUCUCUUUUCAUGGCCAUUAUAAAGACUAAAGGUCUGCAUCUCAAUGCUAUUCACAUUAAUUACAAGUGAAGUACAUUGUUGAGCAUCUAAAAAACAUUUUAAAGCGCCUCUGUAGUUCUGCAAUACUGUUUCAGCUACUUAUGCACUUUCAUGUCUGUGUAGUGGACCUCUGUAAACGUCACACAGUUGUUGUUGUUUUGUUUUUUUCCAUCUAUGUCCUUAGAUGUAUGUGUUGUGUUUUGCACGUGUUUAGAUUUGGAUAUGAUAACCCAUGAAGAGAUCAUUUUAAUUAACACUGUCCCUCUACGAAUAAAUUGCUACCAUACUAUCAGCUGCAGUUUAUUUAUUAGUCUGCUUGAAAACUUUCACUUCUAAGCAUUCAAACCUUUAUAGUGUAUGUUGUCCUCACUGUUUAAGUAACACCUUAUUUUCUGUCAAUAACUCAUGUGGGAUAAAUACAAAAAUUGAAAGUGGCUGUCACUUUUUAUAUAGUUUGCUACUCUACGUAUUAAAGCUUUACAUAAUAUAGUAUAGGCUGCUGUCACUUUAAGACUUAAUGCACAGAUCCAAUGCAUUGAUACACAUCAGAUUUCUUUCUUAACUGUUUAUGUUCACUUAAGACAUAACCUACUGUGAUAAUGAUUGAUACAAAAUAUGAAUCAAUGAGCAUCUCUGGUUUGUAAUGCAUACAUAAUACACAAUUUGUUCAUGAAAAACAGAAAUAAGAAAACAAUAAUAAGAUGCUAUGUGUCAUGUCAUUUCACUCUAGCAAUACCAGUAAUUUAAUCCAGUAAAUCUG